CCGUCGGUUCUCAACCACAGACGCCAUAUUUGAUCAGCGAUAGGUAUGGCGUAGAUUUUAGGAUGUUUUGAUAAUCGUAUGAGUAAUCAAUCUUGCUAAUUAGAUCAAUUGUACGACAUAACAGUCACUUUUGGUGAUUUAUUGAUGAGAUCCAUGAUAUGGAUCAUGACUGAGAAAUGAACAGAGAGGACCCAGAAGUGACUUCCCAUGUAUAUAGCAGCGAAUCUCCUCACUCCAGUACAGCAGAGUCUUCUGACAGCGAUAACGCCAGUUCAUCUGAAAAGGAGUUCUCUGUCCAAGGGACUAAUUUUAAACAAGGGCAGUUAAAGCUUACCAUAUCAGCUAAACAAAAAAGUUCAUCUUCUUCAUCUUCCCCUAGUUAUGACGAAGGACAGGGCUCCAGACUAAAUGAGGAAGACAGUGUAUUUGUUGACACAGGGGUAAAGCAAUCAUGUAGAACCAAUCCUGAGCAGUAUGUGAGAAAAUCCUCAACAAGGAUGGAACAUCCAAAUGAUUCCAACGAACACACAAGUGAAUCCACGUAUGAUGCUGAAGGACCCAAUGCUAGUAAUUAUACGGAGGAAGGGUCAAAUCAGUCAUCUGAAGGAUUUCAGAAUACAUUCCAACAAUUUGUGCAGUCAUCAGGUGUAGAAGAACAAGUGUUAGAUGAAGCCAAAAUUUCCUCAAAUGGGAGUAAAGACAAAUUUUCAAGUAAAUGCUAUGUCUUACUGGAUAAAAAGAGCUCACCGUUAAAAAGACACUACAGAAAGAUGGCAUCAAAAGCAGGGAGUGUUAAGGAUGUGGGAAACUUAGACAAAAUAAGAGAGAAGACCAAAUCUUUGGCAUCAAGGAAGAAAAAUCUGGUGGUCUCUGAAGCAACAAAAGAUGACAACUCUGAAAGUGAAUGUGAACAUACAAAUGAAAUACCGGAGUCUGAAUGUUCGAAUCUCCAUGACAAUAUUUUUGAUAAAAUGAUGAACACUGCUCUAAACAACAUAUCAUCUGAAGCAGACAGUAAAUCUCAAAAGAAACGAAGGCCACUCAAGGCAAAUAAAUCUAAGCAAAGACCAUCGAAUUGUGACAUAGAAAAAGAAAGUGAAAUUCCAUGUGAAAUUAAUUCGUCUAAACUGGCUGCCGAUGUUGCUAGAAAUGAAUUCAUUUUCAGGAAUACGAGAAGUGGAGAUGAAUCUGAUGCUAUGUCGGAUCGCACCCGUCCAGGAAGUGUUCAUGAUCAGCAGGAAAGUUUCUCUCGCUUGGACAACAUGCAGUCCAAUGUGUCACCAGAUAGUGGCAUAUCUUUAGCAGAUUCACCUGUUGGAAAUGAAUCUCCAAUAUCUGUGACAUUGUCGGAUAUAAAUUCAAAAGUAAAUGUGGGGGUUUACACUAGUGACAUUUGUUGUGUUCAAACAAGUGAAAAACUGGAUUCUGCUGAAACUGUGUCUUGUGAAAUGGCAUCUUCCUGUCAAAAACAAGAUGCCAUGAAUGGGGGAUCAGGGGUUGAUUUGCAAAAAUCAAACCAUAGGCAUGAUAAAGAGUUUGAUAUGGGCUCUCCACACUGUGAUAGUUUAGUUGUGAAUACAAACUUGGGUGAUAACAUUUUGGGUUGUUGCAGCAGUAGUGAUACAUCCUCUUCUCACUCACCAUCUCCAAAAAAGAAAAGCGUUGGCCGAGUACCUAAAAGAGCCGAGUUUUUGCGACUCCAUAAGAGCAGUACAUUGUUGACUACGGGUAAAAUGCCAGUUCAGGUUGAUGACACAAUUUCGAAGGAAGACAAUUCGUUCUCUGUGCCAUUAAUCCCAGGCCCUUCACUGCAAGAGAGGCUGGCACAGUGUCCAGAUAGGGUUCAAGAGGAGGAUGAGCCACCACAACCAAAGAAGCGUAAAUACACAAAACACAAGAAGAACAGUGAAAAGGUUCUCAAGAAGGCAUUUGAUGUGUACGAGUUUCAUGAGGGAGAUAAGCCAAUAAAGAAGCGCAGUGUGGGACGACCCCCAGGUCAAGGAAAAGCAAAAAUUUCUGGUGGUGGAAGGGGGCCAGGUCGACCCCCAGGAAAGCCCACCUUCAAGAAAAGGGGCCCUGGUAGGCCACCUAAAGUGGUUUCAGCUCAAGCUGCUAAAAGAGGACCAGGACGGCCUAAAGGCUCUCUAAAUAAGAAGACGCUUCUCGCAAGAGCUGGUGUAAAUCAUUCUAAAGGUGUAAAUAAUUCUCAAAAAACAAGCACUGCCCCUGGUACGAAAAAAACUUCCUCAACUGAGGUUGAGUCUGGUCUGAUUUUACCUGAAAAUAUUUUGGACCAACUCUCUCAGAUUGAUGCUAACUCGGAUGUAAUCAACUUUUCGGACAUAUCACCAUCUAAAUCAUCAGAGUCAUCACUCUCUGAGGCUCACAACAACUACCUUCAAAAUCUAUCAGACAUCUCUCCAGCUAAGUCCACCUCCAGUGUGGAAAGUUCAUCGUUUUCUUUUAAACCUCCUAUUUAUCAAAUGAGGGCACCAUCCCCUGUGCCAUUUCAAAAACCUCCAGAGAGGAGAAAGGUAGGAAGACCAAGGAAAAGGCCACUGAAACCUGAAGCAUCCUUGCCCUCAACAUCCUCAGAUAGGCAUGGAUUUGAUCAAUUUCCUACAUCUAGUGUAGAUAAUGAAUCUGAGGACAGAGAAUUGGAGUCCAUUAUCCAAAGUGUUCAGAAUUCCAUAUCUUCACAGUUUCAUAACCCCAGCAUGUUAGCUCUUGACGACUUGCAUGAGAGUUCCAUUGAGGAUGAGCUAAAUUCCAUAGAACCAACCUUUGACCCAGUGCCUUCAGUUGGACAACAGCACAGUGCUGAGUCAAAGCUAAAACAGGUUCCAAAGAUUCGGAAACCUAAGUUGCAUGUCAUGAUGCGUAAACAUGGAAACUUGAAAAGUAAAAGAGGUCGCAAGAAAAAGAAGUACACAGUUACCCCCACAGAAUUCUCUGGGGGUAGCUUUACUGAUAAAUACAAUGCAUUCUCAUCCUCGCCCAAAUUCAAAUUAUCAAGUGCUAAGACACUACUUGGUUUUACAAGUAAGUCCAAUAUCUUGGCGUCUAGUAAUUUUGAUUCUGAUCCAGAAGAUGGGGAUGAAAAUAGGCAUUUUCUACAGAAAAUGAAACAGCAGCAAAAACUGAAGAAAAAGAAAGAAAAGUUGAUCAACUUCAGAUCCAAACAUAGAAACAUUGUUGACCCUCUAUUUCUGAAUAACUUGGAGUAUGUGAUAGACAAUUUUCACCUUUUGGCCAUAUCUCGUCCUGAGGAAACCUUCAUAAGAGUGAAGCCUGGAGAAGUGCCAUUACCAAGCAUUUUCAAAUUAACCAAAAUCAAUGUGAAAUCUAAAAAGAAAGACAUAAGACAUCCUUUUGAGUCAGAAAAAGUGAAAAGGUUGAAAACUUCUCGCAGUAGGGACUUUGCUUUACAGAUCAUGGAGAAAAAAUCCAAAAUGAAGUCAUUUCAUAGGAAAUUGUUUAGUUUCAAAGAGAAGAAAUUUUUUCCUUCUUGGAAUCACUCUGACGAUGACCUUGGUUUGCAGCAAUAUGUCCCAAAUGUUCCCCCAAAGAAAAGACACAAGUUUUUAUCUGAUAUUCCACCAACAACAAAAAAUUUGACAGGCAUGGGUGCAGGACCAGUUCAGCAGCCAGAAAAACGAAAACCAGGGCGGCCCAGAAAAAAUCCAGUAUUAAAACCCAGUUCAGAAUGUAGGAGUGGGGAAGUGGCUCAAAGAAACAGACAGUUGUUGACAGGUGUAAAAAGUACCUCCUCAAACCUUAUUACCAAAGAUGGGAGAGAAACCAGUAUAAACUCUCAGGGAUCAAUUAAUUUAUGUGAAUCUCCAAGAAUUCCAUUGCCUCCGGACAAUUCUUUUGUGACAAACUCAGCUGUGCCACCAAAUUCAAAAUUUAGUGGAUAUCAGGUGAAUUCAAUAAGUGUUCAAACGGAAUCUUGUGUGGAUUGUAUUCAGUUGCAGUGUAGUUCCAAAUCGGUGCAUCGGAAACGUGGGCGAAAACCGGGAAGUGUUGUGUUAAAAGACCAUAGUAAGGUUCCAUCAGGGCAGUUAUCCAAAUCAUUUGCGAUUAAGAUUAAGGAAAAACUUCUUCGGGGCCGGAAAAAGAAGCGGAAAGUUGGACGGCCUCGAACUAGACCCUUGGAUCAAGAUCCCAAAGUUUCAAAAAUCAUUCACAGAAAAAAAUCUCAUGCUCGGCUCCCCACCAGCAAACCUUUUUUACACCAGGCAGAAGGGGACCUAAUGUGCAAUAAUGUGACACCCAAUGGCGACAAUGUUACCAAUACAAUCGAGUCUGUGAUACGAAAUGUGUGCUCAGAAUAUGAACCAUUGCCCUGCAAGGAACAGAAAAAAUCCUCUGUCUUUGGAGUGGACAGUGAUGAUGAGGACUAUGUGCCAUCCAAACGAGUGAAAAAGAGAAAUCAUUUAAAGACUAAGCUUCCCAGUACUUCAACAGAGGCCUCUGAUUCAGAUAUUGGCAACAAAAGAGAUGUGACAGGACUACCAAAGAAAAAGUACCAAAAAGCUGGUCUCUUCUCUGAUACUUACAAAGAAGACCCAGACCCCAAGAAGACUCCCUCCAGCGGUGGCAGCAGCAAAAGUCGCGAAAAGGUGGUGUAUAAAAAACAGGGUAGUCUAUUGCCACCACCCAUCCAUGUGGGCAAACACCUCAGAGAACGUCAGUGUGACUUUCAUCUGUCGUACGAUAUCUGGUGGCAACUGAUCAAUGAUCUGUUACCAAAGAGAGAAGGCUAUGAGGAAAAGUACAGAAAGAUAAGAAACAAUAUUCACGUUGAUGUCAAGCCUGUUUGUGAUGAAGCACAUCCGUGUACCUGCAAGCGACCUUAUGACCCAGAGGUUAAAGGUUGUGGCGAGGAAUGCCUGAACAGAAUGAUGUACACGGAGUGUGAUAUCAGUACUUGUCCAUGUCAAGAACAGUGUCUGAACCAGCGCUUCCACAAACAUGAGUGGGUGUCCGGUCUGGAAGUCAUUGUCACCAAGGACCGCGGAUAUGGGAUCAGAACAUCAGACUCCAUAUCUAAUGGUCAGUUCAUCCUGGAGUACCUGGGGGAGGUGGUCAGUGAGGCAGAGUUCCGCCGCCGCAUGACGGAGGAGUACUCCCAGGAGCGCCACCACUACUGUCUCAAUCUGGAUAGUGGGGCAGUCAUCGACGGCUACAGGAUGGGCAACAUUGGCCGAUACGUCAACCACUCCUGCGAACCAAACUGUGAAAUGCAAAAAUGGAAUGUGAACGGGGUGUACAGAAUGGGACUCUUUGCACUGAAGGACAUUUCACCUAACAUGGAGCUGACCUAUGAUUAUAACUUCCACUCCUUCAAUGUAGAUGCCCAGCAACUCUGCAGAUGUGGAAGUGAGAAUUGUAGAGGGGUCAUUGGUGGCAAAACCCAGAGAGUCAACGGUCUUGUGAAGGAAAAGUCUAAAGGACCAGGGAGACCGCCCAAGGAUAAGAGAAAGUCCAAAAACAGGCUGAAAAAGUACAAGGAGAAGAAAUCAGGGAAAGAUAAUAGUGCUACCUCGACCAUGUCUACCGUGAAACCAAUGUCGCACAAGGAACGUUUCUUUGCUCGCACCCAUGCCAUCUUUCUGCUACGAAACAUUGACAAACAGCGGCAUAUCGGACGUAAAGCACCAGAGAAACUGGACAAAGAAGAAGAGUAUGUCAAGGCAACUGGGUACACCAAGAAAGACGUGUUCCUGUCACAGCUGACUGCCCUCAAAACAGCCAGAUCAGUCAAAACAAGGCGCCUGGCUUUGGCAGAAGAAAACACUGAGUUGACCCAGACAGCUAGGCUGGCGCAAGUAUUCAACAGUGUGUGCCGUCAAGUCAUGGAGUAUAAAGAUAAGGAUGGAAGAGAUCCGGUCUCCACUUUAGCCCUGCCCUCCAAGAAGAAACACCCAGAGUAUUACACAGUCAUAGAGAAUCCCACUGACUUCCAGAUCAUCGAGAAGAACAUCUUUUCUGGAGCAUACGCAGACCUAGAGGCCUUUGAUAAGGACAUGAAUACACUAUUCAAAAAUGCUGAGAGGUACAGUGGUCGGUCCUCGUGGAUGGGUCAGUUAGUGGCGGAGCUCCGUAAGGUGUACGUCACCGCCAAGGCCGAGGCGGCCCCAAUACUUGAGGACAUUCUGGGGGAGGGGAGUGUGCAGUCCCUGGACAGGGAGACAACAGAGACAGAGGCAGUCGAAGGAUUAGAGGAAGAGGAGGAGGAGGUGAUUCGCUGUGUGUGCGGAAUCUUCAGGGAUGAGGGUCUGAUGAUUCAGUGUGAGAAGUGCUUUAUUUGGCAGCAUUGCGACUGUAUGAAGGUGAAAGGGGAGGUGGAGAACUAUUUGUGUGAGCUGUGUCAGCCCAGACCUGUGGAAAAGGAAAUCUUGGCUGACCCCCAGCCAGAUGAUGCCACAGAGGGAUGGACUUAUUAUAUGACUUUGAUGAGGGACGAGAUUCAGAUACGGGUGGGUGAUUGUGUGUAUGUUCUACGGGAGGUGCCCAAGCCAGAGAACCGCAUCCCUAUCGAUUCAGUCAAAACCUCCUACAGGGUCAUAUCUGAGAUAGGGCAAGACAAACUGGAUAUCUUUCGCAUUGAAAGGUUAUGGAAAGAUGAAAAUGGAAGAAAUUUUGCCUUUGGACACAAUUAUUACAGACCCCAUGAAACAUUCCAUGAACCAUCCAGAAAAUUCUUUCCAAAUGAGGUCUUCCGGAUGCCUAUUUAUGAGAUCAUCCCCUUUGAUGCCAUCGUGGGAGGCUGCUGUGUGAUGGACCUGAACACUUUCUGUAAAGGACGUCCCAAAGGAACCCGCGAACAAGACAUCUUCAUUUGUGAAUACAGAAUGGACAAAACCGCGCACCUCUUCUAUAAGAUAUCAAAGCAGCCAUAUGUCAUCAACACAAAGUCAUACUGUUUUGACAAAUACGAGAAGAGGCUGAAUCCAAAGAGGACCUACUCGCCUCAUGAAGUACCUGAGCAAUACAAACGAAAGACUGCAAUGGAAGAGCGUUCGCAAACGGAAAUCCCCAAACGGAAGAAGACUGUCAAAGAGCAUUACCAGGAGCAGAAAAGUCCAAAGACUGAGGAACAGAGAGAAAUGAUGGUCAAGAUGGAGGAAGAGAAGAGGAGAGAAAAAAGGGAUCACAUAGAUGCCAUCACCCUGAAACUUCUGGACCUGACCCCAAAGAAGCAGAGGCUGGAUGUGUCCUAUCUCCUGGACAAGAAACGACAGCAAAAGAAACCCCACGUGCUCGACGUCUGAGCAGCUGUGCCAUAGAUAUACAGUCUCUCGAUGUCAAAGCGACUGUGCCAUAGAAUUAAAGUCACACUGCUUUAUAAUAGAAUCUUGAGCUUGAGAUUCAUCAUAUAGUGGACGCAAAUAUGAGAUGAUAAGAGAGAAACAUAUAGGGAAAACAGGAAAGGAAUAUAGGGCAAUAUUGGAUCAUUGUGCAAAGCCAUUGUAGAUAUAUAUAUAUAUAUCAAGUUGUUCUGCUGAUGUCGGAUUCUAUGAAGGUGCUUGAUACUACUCUCAGUAAUAAUUUAAUUUAGUAGUUUUAGUAGAAGUAGUAGUUGUAGUAUUUUACUGCCAGUGUGAUGCCAUGUAAGCAGAUGGUUGCCCUGAGUUAUUCUUUAUUUAUUGAGAAUUGUAUCGUAAAUUAAUAUCCUUAAUUAAGAUCAAAUCUUACUGAUGUAUUCUUAAUUUAAAAUCAAAUCUUCUCUGAUUUACAUGUUUUUAUGAUAUUUAUUACGAAGUUAAUUUAAUUUUUGAGUUGGAAAAAAGGAUUUUGUUUGUUCAAAAAUGUUUAAACUCCUUAUUUGUAAUUAUUUUAAAAAUUGAAAUGAUAGAUAAAUGACUUGGGCAGCUGAUGCAUAUUCAGUACGUUGUAUAAACAUAAACUCCUGUUCUGCUUGUUAAUUUUUCUAAAAGUGCCAUACAACAUUUACCAAACAAAUGCAGAUCUUGUUUCUUUUUGCAUCAAGUCAGUAUUUUGAAAAUUCGUGUAAAGUGGACAGUGUUGCUAUAACUGACUGGCCCAUUUUUGCCUUGAUGUGCAGGGAUGUGUGAUGUCAGCUUCCGUUAUCUACAACAUCAAUUAAAUUACAUGUGUUUAUGUGUUAUUUUACUGUCGCAAAAAAACAAAACAAAAUGGCUUUCAUGUUAGUUGUUUGUGUACCUUGUUAAUUGUUUGGACUCUGACCUAUGCAAUCGGGAUUGUUAAGACACGGACAUACAGACUUGUACCCAGUAUACACUGGUGUAAAUAUUUAGUUCUGUACGUGUACAUAUAUACUGUAUCUAUUAUAUUUUGUGUGCAAUCUGCUUUUGUAGCAUUUACCAUCACAAAAUAGUUCACUGUUGAAGAGAUUUUUUCCUCAUAUCUUAUUUAUUUCUAGGAGGUGUACAUAAUUUUGGAAUCCUUAUUGUCAAUAUUCUGUCAUACUCAAUUAAUAACAUGUACAGUAGCCAAGGAGCAAAUUCUGAAAGGUUAUGGCUCUAGAGAUCAAGAUAAAGAGGAGGAGGCCUGAUGUAAGUGUAUAUAUAGAGAUGUUUGCUGUAGAAACAUUUAAUGCCAUUGAAAAUUGCCCUGCGUAUAGGCAGCAUAUUUUGUAUCACCAAAAUUAAAAUGUGUCUGAAGAACCCACGAGGAAAAGGGAAAUCUUACCAAUGAUUGUACUGGAGAGGAAUGCAUUUGCUUAGAACAGGAUGGUUCUUCUAGAUGGUGUUUAGUGGAGGUGGCAAAAUAGAUCAUUAAUAUUAUUUAAGAAGAUUUUAGAAGGGUAUUAUUAUGGCUGAAUCUGAAGAAUAAAAUUCUUGACCGUAUAUUUAUGAAUUGACUUUGAGAGUAUCAAAUACUCUUCUUUUUUUUUCCUCUUUGCUGGAUUUCUGUACAUAUUUGUCCGGCUUUUGUACAUUUUGAAUGACAAUAACAUUGUAAUACUAUCUGUAGAAUUGUGCUUUUACCAACAUUUCAUCUGAUUGUACAGCUGUCAUGUUUGUGUAUUAUAGUUUUUUGUUUGGACUUUUUUAUCAUCAUGUGAUGUCUACGCAAGAGGUUGUUCUAUGUAUCUAUUACUGUCUUCUUCCAAAAUUUUCAAUUGUUAUUAUUUUUUCUAUUUUAGAUAUACUAAAAAAAAUUACCUUCUUUGAGAUGAAUUGAAUUUUAAAUAUGAAAAGUUUUUAAAAAUGGAAUUCUACUUUUUUGUGUGUGAAUUAUUUAUAGAUGUUUUACUUUUGUAAUUGGGGAAAAUAAGCAGAUUUUUUAGUGGGUUUUGGUAUUUAGAUUUUAGGUAAUUUACAUAGCAUAAAUUUUUAGACUCUAUAUUACUAUGAAAUUUUCAUUGAUUGAAAAGAAUGUAGGGAAAAAUAGAAAGAUUCUGUUUUGAUCUCUGUUGUUUGGAGUGAUCUCCCUUGAAUGCUUUUAUCCUUUUUGUUUCUUUUGCACGUGAACAAACAAUUAUCUUUUAAAUAUUCAAUCUAGAUUUUUACAUGUUAUCAUGAACUUCUACAAAUUCAUCAUAUUUUGGAUAUUUCAUUUUACACCAUUCUUUAGCAUUAUUAUACUUGUUGUUUCUGUUCAAUACCCUUAUCACUUACAAUUUUAGGAAUAAAAUUGUAGUUUAUGUGACAGUAAACAUCAUUGUUGCUUUAUACUUUAAAAAUGAAUCUACUUGAUCUAAAGUGUCAAGUUAAAAUAAAAAUUACUUGAAAUAGG